GCCAUGGCUGUGCUUGCUCUCUGCCUCCUAUGGGCCUUAGCAACAGCAGUGAGACCUGCCCCGGUGGCCCCUCUGGGUGGUCCAGAGCCAGCUCAAUAUGAAGAACUGACCCUGCUCUUUCAUGGGGCCCUGCAGCUAGGCCAGGCCCUCAAUGGCGUGUACAGAGCCACAGAGGCUCGCCUGACAGAAGCUGGGCGCAUCCUGGGCCUCUUUGACCGAGCCCUGGAAUUUCUGGGAACAGAGGUCAGCCAGGGCCGGGAUGCAGCGCAGGAGAUUCGCACCAGCUUGUCAGAGAUUCAGGUGGAAGAGGACGCUUUACACCUUCGAGCAGAAGCCACAGCCCGGUCGCUGGGGGAAGUAGCCCGGGCCCAGCAGGCUCUGCGGGACACUGUACGGAGACUACAAGUGCAGCUGAGAGGGGCCUGGCUUGGCCAAGCCCACCAAGAAUUUGAGACCUUAAAGGCCCGAGCCGAUAAGCAGAGCCACCUCUUAUGGGCACUCACUGGCCAUGUGCAGCGACAGCAGCGGGAGAUGGCGGAGCAGCAACAGUGGUUGCAACAGAUCCAGCAGAGACUCCACACGGCGGCCCUCCCAGCCUGAGACCACCUGGAUGCCACUGAGGACCAGUUGUGCUGAACUCGCUCCACCAGGCCCAGAGCAGGGCCAACAGAGCCGGCUGCCCAUCAGCUGGGCCCAGCCAGUGCACCCCGCUUCCUGGCAGAGCAGAGACAGAAGCAAGCAGGCGGGAUGGAAGCCAGAAGCCAGAGCCCUGUGGAGGAGGGCUGGAAAAGGGCAUGAGCCCCCUUAUGCCCACACACCCCACAAUAAAACAGAACAGAGGCAAUAUAUAAA